CUUCUCUCUCGGGACCUUAUUGAAGGAUUACAGCUGAAAAGGACAAGAGAAAGAAAACCUUGAACAGGAAUCUUAUCCUACAAUGAGAAUUACAAGUACAUCUUGUAUCUGCCCAGUCCUAGUUUGUCUCUGUUUUGUGCAGAGGUGUUAUGGAGCUGCUCACCAUGGCUCCAUCAAGGUGACCAGAAAUCAAACCAAACACAUAGAAGGCGAAACAGAAGUGCAUCAUCGUCCAAAGCGUGGAUGGGUAUGGAAUCAGUUCUUUGUUUUAGAAGAACACAUGGGACCAGAUCCUCAAUAUGUAGGAAAGCUGCAUUCCAAUUCCGACAAAGGUGAUGGAUCAGUCAAAUACAUUCUUACUGGAGAAGGGGCGGGGACUAUAUUUAUUAUUGAUGACACAACUGGAGACAUCCAUUCAACCAAAAGCCUAGAUCGAGAGCAGAAGACACACUACGUGCUUCACGCCCAAGCUAUUGAUCGACGGACAAACAAGCCACUCGAGCCCGAGUCUGAGUUCAUUAUCAAAGUGCAGGAUAUCAACGACAAUGCGCCAAAAUUUACCGAUGGGCCGUACAUUGUUACUGUGCCAGAGAUGUCUGAAAUGGGUACAUCUGUUCUACAGGUGACAGCCACAGAUGCAGAUGACCCCACAUAUGGAAACAGUGCCAGAGUAGUGUACAGUAUUCUUCAGGGACAGCCAUAUUUCUCUGUUGACCCUAAAACAGGAGUCAUCAGGACUGCCUUGCACAACAUGGACAGGGAAGCCAGAGAGCAUUAUUCCGUUGUCAUUCAAGCCAAAGAUAUGGCUGGGCAGGUCGGAGGGCUGUCAGGGUCAACAACUGUAAAUAUCACACUUACAGAUGUCAACGACAAUCCACCCAGGUUCCCUCAGAAACAUUAUCAACUGUAUGUUCCUGAAUCGGCUCAAGUUGGAUCAGCAGUUGGCAAAAUCAAAGCAAAUGAUGCAGACACUGGUUCAAAUGCAGACAUGAAGUACACAAUUAUAAAUGGCGAUGGCUCUGGGGUAUUCUCCAUAUCUACUGACAAAGAAACAAGGGAAGGAAUUCUCUCUCUGAAGAAGCCACUCAACUAUGAAAAAAAGAAAUCAUACACACUUAACAUAGAAGGAGCAAAUACUCAUGUUGAUUUUCGCUUUUCGCACUUGGGCCCAUUUAAAGAUGUAACUAUGCUGAAGGUCAUCGUUGGCGAUGUGGAUGAACCCCCGCUCUUCACUAUGCCUUCCUACGUCAUGGAAGUUUAUGAAAAUGCAAAGAUUGGGACUCCUGUUGGCACCGUAACGGCACACGAUCCUGAUGCUGCAAACAGUUUAGUGAGAUAUUUCAUUGAUCAUAACACAGAAGAAGAUAGGUAUUUCACGAUUGAUGCUAGUACUGGGACCAUUAAGACUGCCAAGAUCUUUGACAGAGAGGAGACGCCUUGGUACAACAUCACAGUGGCUGCUUCUGAGAUAGACAAUCCUGGGCUAGUGAGCCAUGUUACAGUUGGUGUUAGAAUCCUGGAUGUCAAUGACAAUCCUCCUGAGCUUGCCAGAGAUUAUGAUGUAAUCGUCUGUGAAAAUGCAAAGCCUGGUCAGGUAAUUCAGACUAUCACUGCUACUGACAAAGAUAACUCUGCAAAUGGUGCAAGAUUCCAUUUUUCUCUUGAUGAAGGGCUUUCUUUGAAUCCUAACUUCACUCUAAGGAACAAUGAAGAUAACACGGCCAGCAUCCUGACCCGGCGGAGGCGGUACAGCCGAGCCGCCCAGGACGUGUACUACCUGCCGGUGCUGGUGUCGGACGGCGGCGUGCCCGCCCUGAGCAGCAGCAGCACGCUCACCGUCCGCGUCUGCGCCUGCGAGAGGGACGGGCGGGUGCGGACGUGCCGCGCCGAAGCCUUCCUCUCCUCGGCUGGCCUGAGCACCGGAGCUCUGAUCGCCAUCCUGCUCUGCAUCGUCAUUCUCCUCGCAAUUGUGGUCCUUUUCAUCACCCUAAGACGUAGCAAGAAGGAGCCUUUGAUCAUUUCAGAGGAAGAUGUCCGGGAAAAUGUUGUGACAUAUGAUGAUGAGGGCGGUGGAGAGGAAGACACAGAAGCAUUUGACAUCACAGCCCUGCGGAAUCCAUCUGCUGCUGAAGAGCUAAAAUACCGGAGGGAUGUGCGUCCUGAAGUGAAGCCUCUGUCCAGACAUCAUCUCUCCUCGAGCCUUGACAGUAUAGAUGUCCAGGAGUUCAUUAAACAAAGACUGGCAGAGGCUGAUCUAGACCCCAGCGUGCCCCCGUAUGACUCCCUGCAGACAUAUGCCUAUGAGGGUCAUAGAUCAGAAGCUGGGUCUAUCAGCUCCCUGGACUCAGCAACGACACACUCCGACCAGGAUUAUAAUUACCUUGGAGACUGGGGACCUGAGUUUAAGAAGCUAGCUGAACUCUAUGGGGAAAUAGAACCAGAAAGAACAACUUAGUUGUAAUUCCCAGGACAGAGAAGUUCCUAAACAACUGGACAGAUAAUGGCAACAAUGGUAACAAAAAAGUGAAUACAGUA